UCUAGCGACAAAACGAAAAAAAAAAAACAUUCGUAUUGCAACAAUUCACUCUGUUGUUCCAUCGCUGUACGAUUUUUUUUGAGUGCAAUUUCGAGCGAUAAAUAAAAAUAUGAUUGAAGUACUAGUACUCCCCUAGAAAUCGAAAAAGUGCUUGAUAAAAUCAAAGGAAAAGCCGCGACCCGUAGACGGGAGCGAGCUAACGAGAAAGGUGUCGCCGUGUAUAUGUAUUUACAUAUAUAGCUGUGUGUGAGUGCGUGUAUGUGACGUUUACAGCAGCAAAAAGUUCGGUGGUGUCGACAAAAUUUUUGAAGUUAUUUUUGAGUUUAAUGGAUUCCCGUGUAUUUCUGGUUCAGGCCAAAACGCGUAAGAAACCAAUAGCAGCAGCAACAACAACCUAAGCAACAGCCGCAGAGAAAUAAGAAAUACAAAAAAGCAGCAGCAGCAACACCCACCACCCGCGGCACCCAUAACGGUUUAUUCACAGUAGCAGCAACAGCAGCAGCAGAGGAGAAGAGCAGUCCUUGAUCUGCGCAUUAUGUGGAGCAAUAUGUGGUGGUCUUAGAAAGGCGGAAACUAAGAAAUUUACACCCAGUAAAUAUUAAAAAACACUCCGCCAACUAACUGCCCAUCCAGGAGAUCUAGGAGGCAACACUAAAGGAUUCGAUUCGGGACACUGGUUGGGAGUAUAGACAGAGACUGGUUCUUCGUCAGAAGAAAAUGACCCUGACCACAACGACCACUGCCUCAUCAGCCGAGAGCCAAGCGAAAAUGGAUGUGAAGGGCAACGAUCCGCUUCCGCCCGGCGAAGAGAAUCUGCCCACCUCCGAGAUGGAUCUACUGGCCAAGCUGGAGGCGGCCAAUAAGCUCAUCGAGAGCGAUGCCAAGUCCCUCAAUUCUCUGCACUCAACGCACAGUCGCAAGAACUCGGACACGAGUCAAAUAAGUCUCACGUCGAGCGGCAACUCGGUGGCCGAGGAGGAUGUAUGGACGACGUGGGCCACCAUUUUGUACGAUUGGGACGGCGCCCUCAAGCGCAAGAAUCCCUGUGUGAGUGAGCUAGUUCGUCGCGGUAUUCCGCAUCAUUUCCGGGCAAUUGUUUGGCAACAGCUAAGCGGAGCGGCCGAGGCCGACAAGAAGCAGUAUGCUGAGUAUAUUAAGGCUACCAGUGCAUGCGAAAAGGUGAUCCGACGGGACAUUGCACGCACCUAUCCCGAGGUGGACUUCUUCAAGGAAAAGGACGGACCCGGCCAGGAGGCUCUCUUCAAUGUGAUCAAGGCAUAUUCCCUGCACGACCGCGAGGUUGGCUAUUGCCAAGGCUCUGGCUUUAUCGUUGGCUUGCUCCUCAUGCAAAUGCCCGAGGAGGAGGCCUUCGCCGUGCUGGUCCAGAUCAUGCAGCAGCAUCGAAUGCGUCACAUGUUCAAGCCAUCGAUGUCGGAGCUGGGACUGUGCAUGUACCAGCUGGAGAGUCUGGUGCAGGAGCAGAUACCCGAUAUGCAUAUACACUUCCAGCAGCAGGGCUUCCAGACGACCAUGUACGCCUCCAGCUGGUUCCUCACAUUGUACACCACAACGUUGAAUGUGAAUCUCAGUUGCCGCAUCAUGGACGUCUUCCUUAGCGAGGGCAUGGAGUUUAUCUUCAAGGUGGCAUUGGCCUUGCUCCUCACCGGCAAGGAGACGCUGCUCUGCUUGGACAUGGAGGCCAUGCUAAAGUUCUUCCAAAAGGAGCUUCCCGGUCGCGUUGAGGCCGACGUGGAGGGUUUCUUCAACCUGGCCUAUUCCAUUAAGUUGAAUAGCAAGCGGAUGAAGAAAAUGGAGAAGGAGUAUCAGGAUCUCAAAAAGAAGGAGCAGGAGGAGAUGGCGGAGCUUAGGCGUCUGAGACGGGAGAAUUGCCUGCUAAAACAGCGAAACGAGCUGCUGGAGGCUGAGAGUGCGGAAUUGGCCGAUCGAUUGGUGCGCGGACAGGUGUCCAGGGCCGAGGAGGAGGAGACUAGCUUUGCCAUUCAGACGGAGCUGAUGCAACUGCGACGAUCCUACCUGGAGGUGUCCCAUCAUCUGGAGAAUGCCAACGAGGAGGUACGCGGACUUAGCCUACGACUGCAGGAGAAUAAUGUAUCCAUCGACAGCAACAACUCACGGCAGUCAUCCAUUGACGAGCUCUGCAUGAAGGAAGAGGCGCUGAAGCAGCGCGACGAAAUGGUCUCCUGUCUGCUGGAAGAGCUCGUCAAGGUGCGCCAGGGUCUCGCCGAGAGCGAGGAUCAGAUACGUAACCUCAAGGCCAAGGUGGAGGAACUGGAGGAGGACAAGAAAACGCUGCGGGAGACGACGCCCGAUAAUUCGGUGGCCCACUUGCAGGACGAACUGAUUGCCAGUAAAUUGCGCGAGGCAGAGGCCUCGCUCUCGCUGAAGGAUCUCAAGCAGCGGGUCCAAGAGCUGAGCACCCAGUGGCAGCGUCAACUGGCCGAAAAUCAGCGCAGCGAGACGGAACGCACCACGAAUGCGGUGGAUUCCACGCCCAAGAAACUGCUGACGAACUUCUUUGACAGCUCCAAGAGCAGCGAGCAUACACAGAAGCUCGAGGAGGAGCUGAUGACGACACGCAUCCGGGAGAUGGAGACGCUCACCGAGCUCAAGGAGCUGCGCCUUAAGGUUAUGGAGCUGGAGACUCAAGUUCAGGUGUCCACCAAUCAGCUGAGGCGACAGGACGAGGAGCACAAGAAGCUGAAGGAGGAACUUGAGAUGGCAGUUACCAGGGAGAAGGAUAUGGCCAACAAGGCACGCGAACAGCAGCACAGAUACUCGGAUCUGGAAUCUCGCAUGAAGGACGAGCUAAUGAAUGUGAAAAUUAAAUUCACUGAGCAAAGCCAAACGGUGGCCGAACUGAAACAGGAAAUUUCCCGGCUGGAGACCAAGAACUCGGAGAUGCUCGCCGAGGGCGAAUUGCGCGCCAAUCUGGACGAAUCGGAUAAGGUGCGCGACCUGCAGGACAGGCUGGCUGACAUGAAGGCGGAGCUGACGGCACUGAAGAGUCGCGGCAAAUUUCCCGGCACCAAAUUGCGCAGUUCGUCGUCAAUACAAUCGAUCGAGUCCACGGAAAUUGAUUUCAACGAUCUGAAUAUGGUAAGGCGUGGCAGCACGGAGCUGUCCACAUAACCUAACUCAUCUAUAUAUACAUCGAGGGAUAUAUAUGUAUAUGCGACAUUGGGAACAGGAAAUACAUGUUUAAGGAAGUAGUAGAGUUGCAAACCCAUUACAAUAUUAUUAUUUAUGUCUAAUAAUGUGUUUAAAGUUAAAUCAAUUCGCAUAUUUAAAUAUGAUUUAAUUCUUAAUAUAAAUACAACACAUUUUUUUUUUUUUGCAAUAAUUUUAUUUCUGUUAAGUUUUAUAAAUCGAAAAACACUCAUAUUUAUUUAUUUUAAAAACCUAAUCGAAACGAUAUUAACUUGAGAAAUGGGUAAAAAAUCAUUGAAAAUUUUAAAAUAUAUAUAUUUUAUAUUUUGGUUUGCAUUACAAAAAAAAUAUUUAAACCGGCUUGCGAAAUUUGUAGUUAUAUUUGUGAAAGUUAAAAAAGUUCUCAAAGUUUUAUUUCUAAAAUCAGUCUCUGAUAAAUAUUUUGUUUUUACUCACGUUUGUUCCUAAAGACAGCUUAAAAAAGCCGUUGAAAGACUUACUUGAUUUUUUUUUAUUUUAUAUAUUGAAAAGAUUUUAAUUUAAAAAGCAGUUACAUCAAGUUUUUACCCCGAUUUUCCAUUAAAAACUUCGCAAAUUUCAACCGGUUUAUCAUAGAUUUUGACUCAAAUAUUUCACCUAUUUUGUACAUUUAUCGAGAAAAAGAGGCAACUGAUUUGAAGAUUCGAUUAGGCGAUUAGAGAGUAUUUUGGCGAUCACCUUAGAUUGAAGCACAUAGGCAAUGCAAUGAAUUUUAUAUAAACCCCAAAAAAACCCAUACCGAAUCCCAUUCCCAGCCACCUACGAGUCACUUUAAGUGUAAGUUUUAAGCGCAUAAAAAAAAAAAAUGUUGAAGAAAAUGUUUUUAAAAUCAAUCAAUAUCAGACUUUUAACAAGCGAAAAAAAUAUGUACACCUUUUUUGGUUUUUGAUUUUGAUUUCCUCCCUGUAGGUUGAAUAUAUUUAAUAACACUUGAAUGAAUUUUGUAACUCGUAAUAGCCAAUAAGCUAAACCAAUCUUAACACACACGGUUUAUAAUAAUAACAAAAAAAAAAAAAAAAAAAAAAAACCAAGUGCGAAAGUAACAAAAAGCGUUGCCAAAUGCAAAAUAAAUAUGCAGCAUCAGAAACUGAGGAAACAAAACAAAAACGAAAAC